UUACCCCGUUCUCCACUAGACCAUUACUCUGCUUCAGAAGCCUGUGUCCAAAAUCAGUUUCAUGAGGUGCCUAGGUUACUGGUGCUUGAGUGAGAACGAUUGCUCAACGGAACCAUGAGCGAACCCUGGCCGAGGCACGAUCAUAAGAAAACGGCAACGGGAAGUGUUCGUCCUGGAAUGUGUUCCGUGUAGGCACAGCCAAAAGAUGGAGUGUGUGAAUAAAGCGGGUCAGCUCAUGAGUCUGGCGGCUCUACAGCAGCAUGACCCCUACAUAGUGAAGCUGCUGGACGUCGCCGGACAGGUCGCGCUCUACACCUUCAACUCCAAAGCGAACGAAUGGGAGAAGACUGAGAUUGAGGGCACAUUAUUUGUUUAUGCCAGGUCAGCAUCUCCUCAUCACGGCUUCACAAUCAUGAACCGUCUCAGUACAGAGAACCUAGUGGAGCCGAUCAAUAAAGAGCUGGACCUCCAGCUGCAGGACCCUUUCCUCCUCUACAGGAAUAACAGCUUGGGCAUCUACAGUAUCUGGUUCUACGACCAGGCCGACUGCCAGAGGAUCGCACAGCUCAUGCUGCAGAUAGUCAAGCAGGAGGCGUUGCGAGCGUCUCCCCACACAGGUCCGAGCGGCAGGACCAAUGGCUGUGUUCAGAGCAGACCCACAGAUAUCCUGGAGCUGCUCAGCAAGGCUAAAGACGAGUAUCAAAGAUCGGUUGAGAGAGAUGUUCAGGUGAGCUCUGAAUCUGCGCCGUCACACGAGAAGAGAGAGGACUUCACAGCAGCUCGACACGAGAAGUCAGGUCGCUCAGUAGUGAAGCAGAUCACAGUGGAAGAGCUGUUUGGCAGCUCUUUACCCAAAGAAGCGUCCCAGUCCACAAGCUCCUCUGUGGGAGAGAGCAUGUGUGCGCCUGUGUCUCACUCGGUGGAGCCUCUCCUCGCCCCUCGUCUGUCCACUGACCCAGGCCCGGCGCUGGUCUCUCUGUUUCAGGGUGGCACCCGAGACCCAAGACCAGCUGCUUCAGAUACGGAGGAGACUGGGAUCAGUCAUGGUUCGGCUGGUCCUCUUCCUCCCACAGAGGGUCAUGGGAUGCCUGGGUUCAUGCCCGGCCCGCUGGUCACCCCACAGAGCUUCAGAGAAUCUGCCUGUAAAGUUUCAGGGCCUUUUACAGGAAAAGCUGAAUUUUCGGCACAGAGUAAAGAGGCGCAUGCGUUUACACAGUCCUCGACUCUGGUCAAACCCAUUCCAGCGGGGCCAGCUGUUCAGGGGGAGGAGUCUUCACUGUUACUGUCUCCUAGUGUGUUCCAGCAUUCAGUGAUCAACACAGCCGAGCCACUGAAGAUCUCGGCCCCCCCGAUGCCUCCCACAGCAGACCUGCCCUCUUCUCUGUACAGUCGCAGCCAGCUUAAAGAUACACUCAUACAUCUCAUAAAGAAUGACGCCCAUUUCCUCAGUGCAAUCCAUGAGGCUUACAUACAGAGCCUCUCUAAAGGCCUCAACAAUGUCAAGUAACAGUCACAAACUAAAAGCGUGAAGCUACAUCCACGUUCUUUGACACUACUGGACGACUGAUGUCACUGCUCUCUUGCUGAGCUUUCCCUCUUGAAUCCUAAUUUAUGUCCCUCUGCCAAUCUCAUCUUCUCUCUAUGACUCCCAGCACAAUUAUAUACAAUUAUUUUAAGGGACUUGUGCAAUAUGAAGCAUUGUCUCUUUGGAGAAUUGCUUUUCAUUUAUGGUCCUGCCUUAGAUGUAUGGAUAGUGGUAUUUUACUGUUAAAUCAGUAUUGUGUGCUGCAUUGGGAUUCUUUGAGAUCCCAGCAAAGAUGGAUUUUUUGAGUAGGAUGUGCACUUUUUUUUUUCCUCUUUGCUUACAAACUUGGUUGUUUAAUUUGGCCAUAUUAUUAUGAAGGUUAGUAGAGUUAAAACAAAAGUUUUCUCUAUACAUGUGCAGGCAGUAGACUCUAUGAGCAUCAGCAUACAGUUAUGGUGCCAUUUAUUGCUUUUUAAAAUUGCAGACAGAUUAAAUUAUGAAAGUUUAUUUAAAGUGAGACGCAUCAAAUACACCUUUCAGUGUUCCUGAAUUAAAGUGUCUUGCAUAUCAGCUAGCUUGAGCAUCAUUCUGAUAGCUGACCUCUGUAUCAACAGCAGAUGUGUAGUCCGUAGACAAGAAGAUCAUUUAACUUAACCCACAAUUAAAUGCAAUUAAGUUGCAUUUAAUUUCAUCAUUAAAAGUUUUUUUUUUUUUUUUUGUGGUGUUUGUUUUACCAGAAUCUUAUUUUUUUUUAAGUUUACACAGCUUUUAUGUACUUAAUGAUUGUUUACACAUAUAGUUUUAAUCUCAUAUAACUUUUUUUUGUAACAGUUUGCUUUUAUCAUGGAGAAUUGUAAAACCUCCCCAGAAUUAAAGUUGUCAUUCAGCGCUGUGGCAGCUGCAAGGCUGCGUACUCCUAUCACGCAAAACUUCUCUCAAAUGCAUCAGGAUUCUCUAUUACAACGAUUUGUCUUGAGUUCAUGUGCAAAUAGGUUGCCAUGAUUUUGAUCGUUGUUUACAUUGUAUUAUGGUGAAACUUCCACAACCAGAUCUGCUUAUACAUUUUAGUGCUCUAAUAAUCAUGUUACAUUUUUUUGUUGCCGGAAUUCUGAUUCUAUAAAGUAAUAAAUAUUUGUGAAGACAGAAUAAAAACCAAACAGA